AUGAUGACCAACAACAACACCAGUAACAGCAACUCGAACAACAAAAUACCAAAUGGCAAGCCGCCACCACCACCGCCACCACACGCACAUGCACUCUCCUCGCUACCACGUUUCAGCAGCACACGCCGUGAGCCGUCAGCCAACGAACGCGCUGAAAGUUCACUCUCACACGAGCCACCUUGCAGCCAGCAUCUUGCCAAUCAGACUGGACAGCGCACGGCCACGGCUGAUCGCUACAUACGACUCACACAGGAUCACUUCAAUCACAAUCACGGCCCACACGGCAGCAUUGGCCGCAAACAUGCCAACAACACACUGAGCGGCGAACGUUCACCACGUGAGAGUGAAAGCAAUUAUAUACACAAUAAUUCACACUAUUCACUACCGUUGGACCAUGCAUUGUCAGCCGCUACACCUACACCCACACCGACACCACCGCCACCAGCGUUGCCCAUGCGCAAUGGACAGAUCAUCAACAAUAGCAACAAUACUGCCGUACAGCGUGUGCCAGCAUACAAUAACAACAACUGCAGCAAUGGUUAUGCAACGAUAGGCGGCGGUGGGAGUGGAAUUGGAAGUGGAAGUGGCAAUCAUUUUGGUGGUUGUGGUGUGGCAAUUGGAGUUGGAGGCAACAACAACAACAACAAUGGUAGCUUAAGACGAUAUCACUGAUAUACGCUAAAGGGCGACUGGUGCGGCACAAGUCGCAGCGCCUACUACGAGAAAUACGAACACGCCUACGAACAUCCGGUUGCGGCGAACAGGAACAGUUUUGAGAUGUGUACGUUUGUGAGGCCAUAAAGAGAGGUAGUAGAGGGGAAAA